AUGGAUUUCGAUUUAUUUGAACCCGACGAGGAUGAUGAUAUAUUAUCCGCCAUCAAUAUUGAACCCACACAAAUGCCCAAUGAUUGUGUGGUCAAUGAAAUAAUCCCUGAGUUCCAUUGUACCGGUGAAGAUUCCAUGAAUUCACAAUUCUCGACAGAAAGUUUUGUUAAAAAUGCCUUUCUGCAAAACUAUUGCAGCGCCCGCAAUAGGGCCAUUGAUGAAGUGACCCUAACAAAAUAUGAUUUUCAAAAGACCAAUAUGAAUAGUGGGCCGGUGAAUACAUAUUUGUUUGGAGAGGCAUGCAUGAAUAUCCAAUAUAUGUUGGCAAGUUUACGUGACCCAGUUGUGGUGGGUGGCGGCUAUCAAGAGGAACAAUCGUAUUAUUUAAGAAGGCGUCACAUAACCAUGCUGUUACAUGUUGUCCUCCAAAGUACCCAUCCCGAACAGUGGAUGUUUUUAAAACCCCAUAUGACUAGAUUACGGUCAUUGCUAAAUAAUUCCAUACAAAUGGAUAGUUUAAAAAGUAUUUAUUUUGCCAAUAGCUGUAAGGGCAAUGAAUGUAACAUUCCAGCAUAUCAUUUACUGCAUGGCCUAAUGGAAUGGAAAUUUUUAGAUUUAUGCAUUUUACAAAAAUAUGAUGAUACAACAAAUGCUGAUGUUACAAUGGAUAAUGAAGAAAAGGAAAACACCAAAUCGUGUAAUGUUUUAAUGCAACAAAUUGAAAAUAUGAUUGAUGUUUUGUUAACCUGUUCCAUAUAUUUGUUCGGGAAAAAACGUAGUACGGAACUUCUGUUUACCUCACCAUUUCCAUGUACCUGUAUUAAAGAAAUGUGGUUACUAAUGCAAUUUGCAUUGGAAAAAUGGAAUUUGAAAACUUUGGAAGGAGGGGAGCCGGUGACUUUUUGGUGUGUAUUCAAUAAGGCAAUGCAGAAAAUCAAAGGCAAUAUGGACAAAUUUAACCUAACCAAUCUCAGUUACUGUGAAUUAUUCAACUGGUUACAGUAUUCUUUGGUACGUUUACACGGCUAUCGCUCCAAUGUCCAAUAUGAAGGCCCCAACUAUACCAGAGCCACAUGUGAUGAAGCCCAAAAUUAUGAGUUUUGUGAACGUGUUACCCAACAAUUUCUCCAGGCAAAUCCCAGUGAGGAACAGCUGCGAAUUUACAUUGGUCUCCAAACACCGGUACUACUUGAAUGGUGGCAACCUAAAGUAAAUAUAACCAUGGCCCUAUGGGAACAUUUCCAUAAGAAAUUGAAUUCGGCAUUUUUCAUCGCCGGCUCGGCACCCUCCAAUUUGGCAGUCACCUGUCUCAGCGGCCGGGCGUAUGUGGAUAAAUAUCGUAAUCUGCUGAGUAAACCACCCGAUGCCAAUCUUAGCAGUUAUACCCUGUUUGUGUUACUAAUGGGUAAAACAUUGCAAAGGUUAUUAGCCUCGCAGGCUCAACAUCAGGCUCAAAAGCUAUUGGGUCGCAUUUACACCAAGUUUAGUGCCCAAAAGUUUUUGGCCCUUAACGAAACGGGUAUACAUCAUUUGAUAGAAUUGUUUCUCAUAUUGGCAUUGUGUGGCGAUUUCAAUGAUUUAUCGGGAAAACUAAAAGAUAAACUGUUAUCCAUUGCCUUGGAUAAAAUUACCGGUCCCAAACAGGUGGCCGUAACUAAAGGUCAUAUGGCCUUAUGGAUAUUAUAUGCCGAACAUCAAUACGAUUUAACGGAUUACAUUACAAAGCUUUUGCAACAACUAUCGGCCAUACGCAAUGAUUUGGCUGUAUCGAAAAUAAUUGCCGAUUCUCUACUCGACAUAUUCGAUCAUGCUGAUACCUUUCAGAGUGGUGAAAGUCUAUUGGUCUCAUCAUGGAUACCAAAUUUCCUAAAUAACUGCACACCCGUUGAGCAGGAACGCACCCUGGAAGCCCUCCACCUGAUCUUUGUAAAAAUACAAAAUUGUGAACAACAUUUUCUGGAAAUCAACAAUGACCUGAUGAAGGCCCUCAACACAACAAUCCUGCCAUUUGUCAAGCAGCAAUAUGUGAACAACUUUAGUCAUUGGUUGCCAAUAUUGGCAUCCGAUUUUUGUGCCCAUUCCUUUGCCGUAACCGACACACAAAAUUUCCAAAAGCUCUUUGCCUAUUUCAGCGAACAGCAGCCCAGCAAUCGUUAUGCAGUAACACAAUUUGUGCUGCAAGUUUUGGAAUCUGAACGGCGAUCUUUGGUGGAUCAUACAAUAAUAAUGCAAAUAUGGUUGCGAAGUUUGGUCCUCCUAACAGCCAACAAUGAGGAUGUUUUAAAACUCACCAAAAUUGUGGUGAAAUUAUCAGAAUUUAAUUUAAUGACAAAUAUCUGCGAUGAAGAUGAAUUACUCAAGGCCAAGGAGCCUUUGUGUAUAUUUAUUGCCUCGGUGGGUAAAACUUAUGAAUCGACAACAGAUUACAGUAAACGUUCCGCCAUUGCCACCAACUUCAAUGCAUACAUUAGAAAUUUCGAAAAAUGGUUAAAUCCGGAUAUGAAACUAGAAAAAUCGGAGGUGACAUUUCGUUUUUACAGUUUCAUUGCCAUUGUCAUCUUCAAUUGCCCCAGCAUUGUCUACAGUAAAUCGAAAAUAACCUGCUUCUUUCAUGUGGCCUUUACCCGUUACAUCUUGCCAACCAGCAUACAAAUGGGUAAACCUCCCGAGGGUAAACUGGCCCAACUUGUACACAAAAUAUGGCCAGUAUUGGUACAGGGCAUUGGUCGUCUCAAUUUCAAAUCAGAUCCCUAUAUAACAAAAACCCUUACCGAUUUAAUUCAAAAAUGGACCCCGCACUUUAAAAUAUCCUCCAAUGCCAAACAGGUUGCCCGGCCAUUUAUAAAUUGUCUGCAAAGUGAUAAUCAGGACAUUUCAUUAUUUGUUUUCGAAAAACUCACAGCCUUGUUUUUAUCAACCCAACGUCGGCAAGCCGAUCCAAAUGCUUGUCUAGUCAUUACCAUAUAUCAGGAGGUUGUAGAUGCCCUCUCAGCAAAUGCCAACGAUGAAAAUGCCACCAUACGGCUACAAACCUUCCUCAAGGGUUGCAGCUUUGCCACCCUGGAACACAUAAUGAUGGUAGAUGAAAUUGUUCCCAGCCGCCCAUUGCUAUUGGAUUUAUUUCGACGCAUUUUCAAUUCGCCCAUUUAUCAAAAUUCCCCUAUCCUCAAGGAAUUGAUUCGUGAACACUUACGCCUUCUCACCAAGAAACAUUUAUCCUAUUACACCUUUUUCUAUUUCGAAUUAUUAACAAAAUUAUCGGCAAUAUCAUGGCAAACGGUGGAGGACAUCUUACCCUUUCUAAUGGAAGAAAUACAGGUGGUUGAACAAAAACGUGGUGCGGGUGAGGAUAAUCGUAUACGCAGCUGUUUGCAGAAACUUCAACAGACAAUAAGAUUAGCUAAGCAGAAAUUAAAUUAA